AUGCUGUUCCGACAGUGCUGCGCCAAAGAGCCGCCCUUGGGCUCUAAGCAGAGGCUUGCCAAGACAGGCAGGGGCAAACCUGGCAUCUGUUUGGAUGCCUUUACCCCAUUGGCUCUGAUGGAACCCCCUAGCCAGACGGGGCGGGGACAACUUCUGAAGAGUAGACACUUCGUCACCGCCGUGCGUCCUGACGGUGGACAUGGGCGGCGGUGGAAGCUCCCGGGCGCCAUCCGGCUGAGCGCGGCCGACCAGCCGGGAUUCCCCGGCCGCUGCCCGCCCGCUGUCCGUGUCCCCGCACCGGCCCCCGCGCCCGCUGUGCCGCCCCUGCCUGUCCACCAACCAGGGCCGCCCAGUCUGCCGGUGGCCAGUGGCCGCGGCCGUCGCCGCUUCCCGCAGGCGCUCAUCGUGGGCGUGAAGAAGGGCGGCACUCGAGCUCUGCUGGAGUUCCUGCGGUUGCACCCUGACGUGCGCGCGCUUGGCUCCGAGUCCCACUUCUUCGACAGGUGCUACGAGCGAGGCCUCGCCUGGUACCGGAGCCUGAUGCCCCGGACGCUGGAUGGACAGAUCACUAUGGAGAAGACGCCCAGCUAUUUUGUGACACAUGAGGUACCUCGUCGUAUCCAUGGCAUGUCCCCCGACACGAAGCUGAUCGUGGUGGUGCGAAACCCUGUGACACGGGCCAUCUCUGACUACGCGCAGACACUGUCCAAGACACCGGGGCUGCCCAGCUUCCGUACCCUGGCCUUCCGCCACGGCCUGCGGCAUGUGGACGUGGCCUGGAGUGCUGUGCGGAUUGGCCUCUACGCGCAGCACCUGGCCCGCUGGCUGCGCUAUUUCCCACUGUCACAUUUCCUGUUCGUAAGCGGGGAGCGCCUGGUCAGCGACCCGGCCGGUGAGGUGGGCCGCGUGCAGGACUUCCUGGGCCUCAAGCGGGUGGUGACAGACAAACACUUUUACUUCAAUGCCACCAAGGGCUUCCCAUGCCUCAAGAAGGCCCAAGGGGGCAGUGGACCCCGCUGCUUGGGCAAGUCCAAGGGCCGACCUCAUCCCAGAGUACCCGAUACAGUGGUCCAGCGACUGCGAGACUUCUACCGGCCUUUCAACCUCAAGUUCUACCAGAUGACUGGCCAGGACUUUGGCUGGGACUGA